CGUGCUAAUUUAUGUAUUGUAUUCAACAAUUUAAUUGUCAGUUUGUCAGUGGGAUCAGUUGAAACCGGUGCAAAUGACGUAAUGGAGUCGAUUACUUUUGGAGUACUAACCGUUAGUGACACCUGUUGGCAGGACCCGGCGAAGGAUAGAAGUGGUCCCAGGCUAAAGCAAAUGAUCAGCGAUUCUUUUGCCAACAGCCAUGUAAUAGGAAGUGUAGUUCCGGAUGAAAAGGAUGUCAUCCAGCAAGAGCUGCGCAAGUGGAUCGAUAUGGAGGGGUUACGAGUGAUUCUAACCACCGGCGGAACCGGAUUUGCACCACGGGAUGUGACUCCAGAGGCCACAAGGCCGCUGCUAGACAAGGAGUGCCCUCAACUGUCGUUGUACAUUACGCAGGAAUCCCUAAAAAAGACUAAAUUCGCUGCUCUCUCCCGUGGCAUCUGUGGAAUUGCACGAAAUACCCUGAUCCUUAACUUUCCCGGCAGUGAGAAGGCCGUAAAAGAGUGUUUUGAGACCGUGGAGGAAAUCCUCCCCCAUGCCCUUCAUCUUAUUGGUGAUGAGUUAAACCUUGUGCGAAAAGUCCAUGCAGCUGUUCAAGGAUCCACGCAUAAGGGACACAUUUGUCCCCAUAAAACUGGGAAAGGUACUGAUUCUGAUCGCAAUUCGCCCUUCCCUAUGUUGCCCGUCCAGGAGGUACUCUCCAUAAUCUUUAACACUGUUAAGUGGCCCAACAAACUAGACCAGAUACUCUGGCAGCUCAAAUCUCCGGUUAACAUACCACCCUUCCGAGCAUCUAUCAAGGAUGGCUACGCCAUGAAGUCCACUGGAUUUUCGGGAAGCAAGCGUGUUUUGGGCUGUAUAGCCGCCGGUGAUGCACCAAAUUAUUCGCCACUGGCAGAGGACGAGUGCUUCAAAAUAAACACCGGAGCGCCGUUGCCGCUGGAGGCGGAUUGUGUGGUGCAGGUGGAGGACACCAAGCUGCUGCAGCGUGACAAGCACGGGCAGGAAAGCCUGGUUGACAUCAUGGUGGAGCCACAACCUGGCUUAGAUGUGCGGCCCGUGGGACAUGAUCUGAGCACUAAUGAUCGUAUUUUCCCUGCUCCAGAUCCCUCGUCCGUGGUGGUCAAAUCGUUGCUAGCCUCCGUGGGCCAUAGGUUGGCUUUACCCAAACCCAGGGUGGCUAUAGUAUCUACUGGAAGUGAGCUGCUAACUCCUCGCGAACUGCCUUCUCCGGGCAAGAUUUUCGACUCGAAUACUACCAUGUUGUCGGAACUGCUGCUCUACUUUGGUUUUGACUGCAUGCACACGAGUGUUCUAAGCGAUAAUUUCGAACAGACCAAGGAGACGCUGUCUGACCUUUUCGAUGUGGUGGACUUUGUCAUUUGCAGCGGUGGUGUCUCAAUGGGCGACAAGGAUUUUAUAAAGCCCGUACUGGAGGACCUUCAAUUCAAGCUUCACUGUGGCAGGGUGAACAUGAAGCCGGGCAAGCCCAUGACUUUUGCCAGCCGCCAUGAUAAGUACUUCUUCGGCCUGCCCGGUAAUCCAGUGUCUGCCUUUGUCACUUUCCACCUGUUCGCCCUUCCCGCCAUUCGUUGGGCAGCUGGCUGGGAUCAGUCCAAGUGCUCCCUGCCUGUGAUCAAUGUGAAGUUGCUCAACGACCUUAGUUUGGAUAGCCGUCCAGAGUUUGUUCGCGCCACAGUGAUUUCGAAGUCUGGAGAGCUUUACGCCAGUGUCAAUGGAGAUCAGAUAAGCAGUCGCUUGCAAAGCAUUGUGGGUGCGGAUGUGUUGGUAAAUCUGCCCGGACGUACCUCUGAUCGCCCGUUGGCAAAAGCUGGCGAUAUUCUCCCUGCCUCCGUGCUGCGCUACGACUUUAUCUCGAAGUACGAAUAG